AUGAAAAAAUUGUACCCUACUAAUGCUGUUAUAUUUUACAGUCACAAAAUAUGUGGCCAUUUUUCAAUGUUUAAACAUAAUAUCAUCCGAUUAUAUAGUAAUAUUGAAAAAAUUCUUCCUCAAGAAGAAAAAAAAAAAAAUAAAAAUUUGAGUCAUAUCCCUUAUUAUGUCCUUAAUAAUAAAAAUCAAACAGACAACGAAAAAUAUAAUUUUGAAAUCUUGAUGAAAAAUGUUAAAAACAAAGCAGAAGAAUAUAAUUUAAUAAAAAUCAAAGAAAUACAAAACAAAAUUUUAAUUCACCUGAACAAAUUUAAUAUCAAUGAACUUGUUGCUACUCUUAUCCUUUCCUAUAAAUAUAAUUUAUUAAAUCAACUUAUUUUAAACAACAUAAUAGAUAUUAUAUUCCAUAAUUCAGGAUUCUUAAAUAGUAAACAUGUUUUUAUAUUAUUAUUAAUAACCAAAAAUAUAUAUUCUAAAAAAAAUGAUUAUUCCUAUUCCAUACAACAUCAACAAAAACUUCCACAAAAUGACAUGAACAAGUCAGGCGAAAAAGAGGAACAUGUUAUAAAUAGUAAAUGGAAAAAUAAAUUUUUCCAUGAAGUUAUACAAAAUAUGUUAUAUGAUGAUAAUAUAAAUGAUCAUAAGGAAGAAAUUAAGGAAGAUAAUUCUAAUGAAUAUAAUAUCAAUAAUAAAAAUGAUAAUUUAUAUGAUAUACCAUGUAUACCUUUAGCUAAUGAAGAGAAAAUAUAUCCUCAUAAUAUUAUAAAAAAAAAAAAAAAAAAUCUUAAUAAAAGUAAUAAUUACCAAACAUAUGAAAAAAAAAAUUCUUAUAAUAAUAUACAAGUAGACAAUAAAAGUAUUUCAAACAUGGAUGUUAUCAGCCAAAAAUUAAAUAAUAAAAUUAAUAAUAAUAAUAAUGAUAAUAUAUAUCAAAAUGUAGUAUAUAAUGAUGAUUAUAAUGUAGACACACUUAAUUAUAUGCAGAACAAACAAAAUGAACAAGAUAUAUUUUGUGAACUAAACAACAAACAGGAUAUAUUUUGUGAACUAAACAAUAAACAGGAUAUAUUUUGUGAACUAAACAAUAAACAGGAUAUCAUAUUAAAUGAUAAAAUUUCAGAAUUAAAAAAGUCACAUGAAAAAAUUAGAGAAAUAUUACUUCAUAAUUAUAAUCAUAUUUUAUUUAAUUUUACAAAUAAUAUAUAUACUAAUUUAUUAUUAUUAAAUUAUAUGUAUGAUGAAAAUAUAAUAUCAUAUGAUGAAUUUUUCAAUAUUAUAUAUAGUAUUAAUAAUGAAUAUAAUAAUGAUACCUUUGAACAAAAUGACCUUAAAAAUUAUCAACCCAAAUCAUCAUAUUCUAUUCAUAUUAUUAAUUCAUAUAUACAACAUGAAUCUUAUCAUAUAUAUUCAAUAUAUGAUAUAUAUAUAUAUACACAUAUAAAAUUAUUAAAAAAUAUAUUUAAACAAAAUAAAUAUAUGAAAAAUAAAUACAUUUCUGAACAUAUCCAAUCCAAUAAUCCUAUACAAGAUAUUGUCUAUACAAAUAAAAAAAAUUUUAUACAUACAUUUGAUAAGUUUUUUCAAAAUAUAUUAACAGCAAAACAAAAUAUUGAUUAUAUAAAAUUAUUCUAUUUAAAUAUAUGCUCACAUGAAAUAUUUAAAUUAAUUAUUAUUAAUAACGAGCAUAUUACAAAUGUUAAAAUUUAUUAUCAUAUUUUAAAAAAAAUACCUUUAUCGUAUAUUAUAGCUCAAUUACAUAUAAAAAAAGGACAGGCAACAAAUCAAUUUUAUUAUCAACUUUUAAACAUACUAUAUUAUUUACAAGAAAAACAAAAAAUUAGGAAAUCGAACGAGGGUAUAUUUUAUGAGGAUCUACACGCAUUGAAUAUAGAACAAAUGAAUCGUGUAUACAUAUCAUAUUUAAAUUCCUUGAAUGAUUAUACUAUCCAUGACCUCUUAAUAAAAAAUAAUAUGCAUAAUAUUAACACAACACAUAAUAUUAACACAACACAUAAUAUUAACACAACACAUAAUAUUAACACAACAAAUAAUAUCAAUACAACAAAUAAUAUCAAUACAACAAAUAAUAUUAACACAACACAUAAUAUUAACACAACAAAUAAUAUUAACACAACAAAUAAUAUCAAUACAACAAAUAAUAUCAAUACAACAAAUAAUAUCAAGACACCACAUAAUAUUAAUACACCACAUAAUAUUAAUAAUGUUAGUACCUUCACACAAACUCAUAAUAAUAUAUUGCCUCCAAAUACUAGUGUAAUAAAAAACAAACCGAACCAAAUAAAUAUGAACUAUAAAGAUAUUUAUGAACAAUGUAAUAAACCAAACGUGUUUUUUAUCGAUACACAUAGAUAUUUUUUUAAAUAUUUUAUUAUGGACCUUACCUUUAAUAUUAUUAAUUAUUUAAAUUACAUGGAUAUAUAUGAUAAACUUUUUAUAUACAAAUAUUUAAUUAUUCUUAAUUAUAAAAAUGAAUAUAUAAUAAACAUCAUACAUGAUCAUUUAUAUAAUUUUUUUAUACGAAAACUACACUAUGAAGAUAUACAACAUAUUUUCUAUUUUUUACAAUAUGUACUUUCCUCCCUUAUAUAUUCCCCUAGUAUUUUUUUCUUUCAUAUUAUAAAUAAUAUUGACAUAGCCACAUUCCAAAAAUUGUUGAAUAUUAUUAAAAAGGAAAAAAUAUUUGAAGACCAUACUAAAAAAAUAUAUGAUCAUAUUAAUAUAAUUAUUAAUCAAAAUUACAAAACUCUACACAAGAAUAAAUGUAAAAUGAACAAUUCAUUUUAUUAUUACAAAAAAAGGAUAGACCAUUUUCAAAGUGUAUUAUAUGACUUUUUAUUUUUAUAA